GUCCGCCCCGCCGCCCCGCCCCGCGCGGACAAGCAGCGCCCGGCGUGCCGCGUCCGUCCCGGCGCCGUGCUGCUGUGUCCGAGGCCAUGCGGCUCUUCUUUCCCGGUGCUGCCUGCGCGCUGCGGGCGGUCACGCUGCUGCUGCUGCUGCUGCUCAGCCUCGGCCCCCUUGGAAAUGCCUUUGCAGAGAUGAGCAUCACCAACACAACCUCUAAUGCGACUCCACACUCUGCGGUGCAAGAAAAUAGCACAUCAUCCAAUUUUUCUGCUGUGCCGUCCACACAAUCUGCAGCAGGUACGCCCACCAGUACCAGCCAUCCCACCAGUACCAGCCAUCCCACCAACACCACUGCAUGUGCCACUGUGACUCCUCAGCCCACUGGAACCAACCAGACAAGAUCAACUACAGCUUCAUCAGUCACAUCAUCACAAGUUAAUGUUACAGUGACCACUUCUAAAAUUUCUUUCACAUCUGUUACAGCCACAUCCAAAUCUGAGACUGUCAUAGCCAAAGCCUCCAGAUUUGACGUGGGCAGUUUUGUAGGUGGCAUUGUGCUGACACUUUGUGUCCUAGUUAUUCUCUACAUUGGGUGCAAAACGUACCACUCCAGGAGAGGCAUUCAGUACAGAACCAUUGAUGAACAUGAUGCCAUCAUUUAAAGAGACUUCAAGGAAGACAGUAGCGGAAACCCAUCCUGUCACAGCUGUUUUAACUUGCUUCUGGAAAACGUUCUUUUCACGAUUGCAGUCACUUAGGCUGUUUGUAGGUGUGAUCUGCAAAAUUAUGAGACUCUCAUAAGUGUCCUGAUUGAUUUUUUUUUUUUGCUUUAGUUUUGAUAAGAACAAGAGGAACUUGGCACUUUUUUUGAGAGAUAAUUUUCUUUUUCCAAUAUUUGUAACCAAAUUUAAAGAAGCCACAUAUUAAGUUGUUUGAAGCUAGAUACACAAGGCUCUAAAACACGUAAUUGCUAAACAGUAGGCCACAUCAUUAUAUUCUAAGUUCAACUGUUUCUCACAUGUCUCCAUAAAUCCAGCAUGUGCCAUAAUGGGUAUUGUAGGUUAAAUAGGAUAGACUACUUUUGAGACCAAGCAUAAGUUUUUGCAAGUCAAGUUUUUUUUUUUUCAAAUGUUCUGUAUUAAAUUGUAUUUAUUUUGAAGUUUGAUGUGAACUUUAAUUUAGAAAUCUGUGGGCUUGAACAAUUCACUUAAUUUUUAUUAGGAUAGUAAAGGGGCAAAAUACUUGCUAAAUGUACAGAUGAUAAGAAGUGCCGUAAACUUCAGUCAUUAGCUCACCAGUGACCUGUAGAGACUUUCCUUAAUAGGCUGCACGAUGAAACUAGCUGCAGGAACCACGGACAGACUGGAGAUAUCCAUCCACAACCCCUUUUUCUAAAUGGGUCCUUAUUAAAAAUAUAGAACAGACUAUGCAAUCCAUAGCUGCUUUUUUAUACUACGUCCUAGUGUUCUUCUGAAGAUGAAGUCAAAAUUGUUCCCACCAUAAACAUGAAAAUUAUUGCUGAAAUUAUAUUUUAAGUCGAAUGUGGUAAUCACUUUACUUGUGUUUGGCUUUGUGUGUUUUUUUUUUUUUAUUAUGAGGAAGCUGCAUGCGACAUUUCAGCAGCAUUUGAUAGGCAUUGAAAGUUAUACAGAGAAGCUGAAAUUCUGUAGGAUAGCAUUCUAGAUGAAUAUAAUCUGGAUUUUUAUAGGUAUUUGCCUGGACAAAAUUCUGCUGGAGGCAACAGGGCAUCUCCUAGAAAGCUGUAGGGUUAAGGUCCAAGUACACCGUUCCUGGGCAGGAUGGCUGACACUGCUUCCAUAUCACUUUUGCAUUUACACUGAGGUAAACUUGCUGCCUUCAGCAGACAGACACGUGAUUUACACUGGUUUAGGGAAAAGCAGAAUGAGAACCAGGAAAUGCUUCUCUAUAGCACCAAGAAAUUGUUUGGACCUGUUGAGGCUCCAUUUGUAGACCUCUUUCUGGGAGUCAGGGUUGGAGUGGUGGCACUGCCCCAUCAGGCAGUGCACAGGAGGGAGGUGCUGGCACCUGGGGAAGGCCACGAAGGGCCUGCUCGCAGCUCUGUCAGUGGUCAGGGGUAGAACAUCAGGGGAGCAGAACUACGGCUCUGGCACAGAUUGAUUAUUUUGUUUAUUCUUACACCUGUGCUUUGCUACAAUAUUAAAGUGAGUGGGUGAAUUUUCUUUUCCUUUUUCAUAUAGAGUAAUAAAGCUUUGUCUGAGGCACAAAUAAGUCCAGCAAAUAAUGACCUAAAGAAACACCAGCCACACACUUGAAAUAGGGUUUGUAUGACUGUGUUGUAUUAUAUUGAGGCUGAGAUAGGGAGGAGAGGCAACUUGAAGUAAUUUUUCUAGUUUUGUUUUAUUGUGUGUAUGGUUAUUUCUUUUUUUCUUAAUUAAUUGCCUUGUUUGGUGAAUUUUUAUUUUUUUUAACUUGAUUGUUACAUAGCAUUGCAGUUCUUUACUUUGUAGAAAUUAAGAGAAUUGUGAUGUGCAACCCCAUUAUUGGGAUUGCCUCUCCUCUGUUGUGCAGAUUAAUAAAGGAAGUUAAUUCUUUGGAGUUAA